UUAUAAUGACACUACAAACUAAAAAUAAUGAAACUUUAGUUUUUGAAUGUGAGACUGCGAAUUAUCAUACAUUUUGUCCUAUUAGUUGUGUCUCUUGGUUAUAUCAAAAGAUUCAAGAUAGUUUUUUUUUAGUUAUAGGAACCAAAACAUGUGGCUAUUUUCUACAAAAUGCAAUGGGGGUGAUGAUUUUUGCAGAACCACGUUAUGCAAUGGCAGAACUUGAAGAAGGAGAUAUUUCUGCUCAAUUGAAUGAUUAUAAUGAAUUAAAACGUUUAUGUUUACAAAUAAAAAAAGACCGAAAUCCAAGUGUAAUUUUCUGGAUUGGUACAUGUACAACAGAAAUAAUAAAAAUGGAUUUGGAAGGUAUUGCUCCCCAAAUAGAAGCAGAAAUAAAAACUCCCAUAGUUGUUGCAAGAGCUAAUGGACUGGACUAUGCCUUUACUCAAGGCGAAGAUACCGUCUUAGCUGCGAUGGCUCAAAAAUGUCCGAAAAAAAACGAAUCAAUAAUUAACAAAGUUAAUAAUUCCUUACUUUUAUUUGGAUCGAUUCCUGAUUCAGUUGCAAAUCAAUUAACCUUAGAGCUAGAAAAACAAGGAAUUAAUGUUUCUGGCUGGCUUCCACCUAAAGAAUAUAAACAAUUGCCAGCCAUUGAAGAAGGAACAUAUGUUUGUGGUAUCAAUCCUUUUUUAAGUCGAACAGCAACAACUUUAAUGCGCCGUAGAAAGGCAAAACUAAUUUCCGCGCCAUUUCCUAUUGGACCAGAUGGUACUAGAGCUUGGAUUGAAAAAAUUUGUUCUGUUUUUAAUAUAGAACCCAUAGGCUUAGAAGAUAGGGAAAAACAGAUUUGGGAAAGCUUAAGUGACUAUAUUGAAAUUUUAAGAGGAAAAUCAGUGUUUUUUAUGGGAGAUAAUUUAUUAGAAAUUUCUCUUGCUAGAUUUUUAAUUCGUUGUGGAAUGAUUGUUUAUGAAAUUGGUAUCCCGUAUAUGGAUAAAAGAUAUCAAAAUGCAGAGCUUAAUUUAUUAGAAAAAACAUGUAAGGAAAUGAAUGUUAUAUAUCCUAAAAUUGUUGAAAAACCUGAUAACCAAAAUCAACUGGAAAGAAUUUAUGACUUACAACCUGAUAUAGUUAUCACUGGCAUGGCUCAUGCUAAUCCGCUAGAAGCCAGAGGAAUUAAUACUAAAUGGUCUGUAGAAUUUACUUUUGCUCAAAUUCAUGGAUUUGCCAAUUGUAGAGAUAUUUUAGAAUUAGUUACAAGACCUUUAAGACGCAAUAAUACCCUAAGUAAAUUAGGUUGGAAUAAUUAUGUAGAAACUACUAAAUACUAGUUUCUACAUAAUUAUUCCAACCUAAU